UGUUUUGAUUGGAAAUUGUGAUCCAUGUUGAUAAAUUCCUUUCGUUGACCCGGAAGCGAAAUUUCUUAAUUUAAAACUCAAGGUUUCUGCUGUUUGAUUGAAAAAGAAAUAAAUUCGACUAAAUAAAACUCAAAGCUUUGGCAAGAAGUUGCUCCAAGACUUGAUUUUGUAUGAAUGAUCGAAUGUUUUCCGAGACGGGCUCCGAAAGUGAAAUCACACAUACUUCCAAGAAGCGUAAAAGAGGUAGGAGAAAAACUAAAAUAGCCGAUAAGCCUACUGAGGAAUCUGACAGUGAGUUUAAUGAUGAAGAUCAGCACAAAGUGUACCCUACAAGACAAGCUUUGCAGUCGCAGAGAGUUCAAGGCUCUAGCAAAAAGAAGGAAUCAAGUGCAGAUACUGGUAGUGAAGAUUCGACAGGUGUGUCGAAACCAAAUUCAGCUAAGUAUAAAUCUAGAAAGCACUUUAAGUCUUAUAAAGAGGACAAACCUGAUGUGUCGGACGAUGGGUCAGGUCGGAAGAAUGAGGGCAAAAUGAAUGGCUCAAAAUGGAAAAAGGAAAAAGAUCUCACAAGCGAUUCUGCAAGUGACACUCAAGGAUCUUCAAAAGGCAAAAGAACGAGGGGAUGCAAAAAACGUGGUCGUGGCAGAGGCGCUGUGGAAGGCAAAUCUCCAACCGAGAAUACAGAGACAAAAGAUGAUAAAGAACCUAAGUGUCCUGUUCCGGGAUGCAGUUCUGAGGGCCACUUGAGCGGCAGGUUUCCAAUGCAUUUUACCAUCGCCACAUGCCCAAUUUACCACAACACUAACCUCAAUUCUUGUGAAAAUCUUUAUAAACUUCGAGUGCAGAGAAGGACCGAGAGACAGAUAAAUGCAGAACAGAGCGCUCUUAAUAAAUUUGGGCUGAGGAAAGUUGGACCAACAACAGAGCAAAAAGAUCAAUACAAGGAUAUUCAGGAGCAAAGGAGAAAAUCAUUUAGUCCAAAAAUGAAACAAAAUGGCAUGUUUUCUGAUGCAAAAGAAGUGAGGAACAUUGAUGAUAAGAGCAAAGAACCUCCUCUCGAUAACUUGGCACCAGUUUACGACAUUGAACUCUUUAAGGAGGCUCAAGCCUGUGCUGCUGAAGAGUUAGAGGAAAUGCUUCAAAUGCAUAAGAAUAAACAUGGUAGAAUACACACACUUGAAAUGGGUAAAUACGAGAUGGAUGUCUGGUACACUGCACCGUAUCCAGAAGAAUAUCAAAUGUUACCAAAAUUGUAUUUGUGUGAAUUCUGCUUGAAGUACAUGAGCAGUUCCACAGUAUUACGCCGACAUCUUGCUAAAUGCAUAUGGCGCUACCCACCUGGUGAUGAGAUAUACAGGAAAGGAAACAUUUCAUUCUUUGAAGUUGAUGGUCAAAAAAAUAAAACAUACUGUCAGAACCUUUGCUUACUAGCAAAGUUAUUUUUAGAUCACAAAACUUUAUACUUUGAUGUUGAACCGUUCUUAUUUUACGUAAUGACAGAGGCGGAUAAUGAAGGAGCACAUAUAAUCGGAUAUUUCUCAAAAGAGAAGAACUCUUUCCUGAAUUAUAAUGUUUCUUGCAUAUUGACUCUACCCCCUUAUCAGAGACAAGGAUAUGGUCGCAUGCUGAUUGACUUUAGCUAUUUAUUGAGCAAAGUUGAGGAGAAAGUUGGAUCUCCAGAGAAACCUUUGUCCGAUUUAGGCCUGAUAUCUUAUCGUAGCUAUUGGAAAAGCAUUUUAUUGGAGUACUUAAGCACAUAUGAAGGAAAAGGAAUUUCCAUUAAAGACCUUAGUCAAGAAACUGCCAUUACUGCUUAUGAUAUUGUUAGUACUUUGCAGGCACUUGGUUUAUUAAAGUAUUGGAAAGGCAAGCACAUCGUCUUAAAACGGCGUGAAAUAAUUAAUGAUUACACUGCAAAGGCAAAAAAAACGACGGCCUGA